AUGUGGGUCACUUUGUUGGUGUUGGCGCUGCUGGCGGCCACCUACUGGGUCCGGCAGCGCAUGUCGUACUGGAAGCGGCGUGGAGUACCCUUCGUAGAGCCAUCGUUCCCACAGGGGAACCUACGUGGCAUCGGUAAAAAGUAUCACAUCUCCGAGGUGCUCCAGAACUGUUACAAACAGCUGAAAGGAUCGGGAAACCCGUUUGGUGGCUUCUACUUCUUUAUCAACCCGUCGGUACUCAUGCUGGAUUUGGAUCUGGUGAAGAACGUGCUGGUGAAGGACUUCGAAUACUUCCACGAUCGCAGCUUGUAUCAUAAUGACCGCGAUGAUCCCCUCGCGCGCCAUCUGGUCGCCAUGGAGGGUUCGAAGUGGCGUAAUCUGCGCGCCAAGCUAACGCCGACGUUCACCUCCGGGAAGAUGAAGAUGAUGUUCGCUACGGUGACGGCUGUUGCGGAGCAGUUCACGCAUUGUCUUACGGAUACAAUUGCCGGCAAUCAGGAGAUCGAAAUGAAGGAUCUGCUGGCGCGGUUCACGACCGACGUGAUCGGUACGGUUGCGUUCGGGCUCGAGUGCAAUAGUUUGAAUGAUCCGCAGGCCAAGUUUCGCGUCAUGGGCCGCAAAGUGUUCCAACCGUCUACGUAUCGUGUGAUGAAGAUUUUCUUAGCCAACCAGUUCCCGGACCUGGCGAAGUUGCUGCGCGUAACGCAAACGCCAGCGGACCUAUCCGAGUUCUUUAUGGGCGUGGUGAAGGACACGGUGGAGUACCGGGAGAAAAACAAUGUGCAACGCAACGACUUUAUG